ACUGCUACACCGCCUUGGCUGGUAACAGACUGAAUGCUACAACCACAACUACAAAGCUGUAGACAGUGUAGACUCAACAGACAAGUAAAAGCGAUGAUUGCUGACAAGUGUUGUAUUUAAGAGAAUGUGCAGAAAAGGCAUACGCUUUUCGAUUUGAAGUUGAAGGCAAUUAGUAUUAGCUGAAAAGAUUUGUUAUUGAAUCAUUGCGGAGCCACUACACAUCAUUGAUCAGAUGCACUCACUCGGCCAGAGGGGGAGGCUAAGUCGUCUUAGUUUGCACUAAAAAAAUAAUGUUUCAAUUUCAAAGGACAAUGGGCCUGGCAAAGACGAUAAUAACUUUUACAAAAAAUAUUCGCAAAGUCAGACAUUUUAGAUAUUUUACUUCGUAUAGACCUAAUAAUUCUCAUACGAUUUUUGCCUUGUCCUCUGGUUCUGGAAAAUGUGGAGUUGCUGUCAUUCGAAUUUCAGGCCCAAAGGCAAAAUUAGCAAUUGAACGGAUUGUCGGUGAUAAGGCCAACAUUAAACUUAAACCUCGAACUGCUGCACUUCUUAAAUUAUAUGAGCCCAAUACUCAAGAAAUGCUAGAUAAAGCUUUGGUUUUGUGGUUUCCAGGUAUUUUCAGUAGUAUAGAUGUCACUAUAAACUUAAAUACUUAUAUUUUUUAAAAUAAUUAUAAUUAUUGUUUUAAUUAAUAAAAGCCUGGCCAAGGGCUGUAGACUGUAUUCUAGUGCAGAGCUCCAUUGGUGUGCCGCAAGCGGAGGAAAAGCGCAGCUUGUAAGCACUUAAAAAUGAUAGAAAAGGGAUAUUGGUUAGCCUAUUGCUGAGCUGUGUACUGCGAUAACAGAGAUGCGUCUAAAACAGAUUACUAUAAUGAAUGUUUACUAAUUAUGUUAUGUGGUAUAUUUUGGAUGUUUUUACUUGUGGUGUUCCGCAGAAUUCUAGGAAAGGCAUAGAGUGUGCCUUGGGUGAAAAAAGAUUACUGAGCUCUGGUCUAGUAUACCAAACCUAGCCACAUCUUCUUGUCAUGUAUAUGUAGAUAUAUUUACAUUUUAUGUAAGUGUUAAGCAGAUGCAGGCUUAAUUAUUUGUUUAUAAUAUUGCAUGGGGUUGUGGGGACAGAUAUUUUAUUUCAAGAGUAGAGUAGUAGCGAACAUAACCAAGAAAAAAAAAAUUGCCAUGCCUUUUUGAUAUUCAAAAUGUGCAGAUAUAAAGGAAUUAAUUUAAAAAAAGAAAGUUUAAAUAAAGUCUUAUGCAUAUUUAUUAUAGGCUUAUGUAUUGCUAUCCAGCUCAUUUCAAACUUACACCAUAUAAUGAAUAUGCUAUAAAUACAUAGUCACAUAGAUUACCCCAGAUUAUUCUUUACUAUCUGUCUAUAAAUGAAAACUAAGCGGAGUUCACUUUUCCUAUUUAACUUAAGUAUAAUAUGGGGAGUACUUGGGCUUUUAAAGUCUCUUUUAAAUAAUUGAGACAUCUACUGCUUUAUGAAUGUAACUUCUUUUAAAAUUAAUUUAAAAAGCAGCUUGCUAUUGUUAAAUCCAUGAUUUUUCCAUUGUACAAGCAUAAAUGAGGGAGAUAAUUUACAGAUUAGUCCCCUUGAAAUUUUGAACAUCUUUACUGUUAUGGCCCAGGGUUAAAAUCAUUAUUUUAACAUAAUUUUACACCUAUCAGCUGUAACUGGACAGCCAUAUUUUAAUUCAUCAAUGAACAUUUUUUUUCAAUUAACAUAUUCUUAGUUUAAUAAUUUGGGUAAUUCUAAUGCUGAAUCUGAUAAGUGAUUUGUAAAAAAUCAUCUGCUAUUAUUUCUCUGUCUUUAGGCCCUCACAGUUUUACUGGAGAAGAUAUUGUAGAAUUUCAUGUACAUGGAGGGUCUGCUGUAAUUUCUUCAGUGCUAACUGCACUUGGUUCUAUUGCUGGAUUAAAACCUGCUCAACCUGGUGAAUUUGCCAAACAGUCAGUUUUUCUGUAUUUAUAAUCUAAGGCUUACAUAUUUAUUAACUCGUUGAGAUAAAAACCAAUCCUCGAUAAUUCUAGUCUGAGCAGCUUGAUAUUUAGUAUGACAAAGUGCUAGUGAAAGAAUGCUAAGAAUGGUGAGAGAUGAUAUGGAACACUAGUUACAUUGAUACUAUGCUAGGUUCAGUUACAAAAAUUAUAUAAUAAUAUUUGCAUUUGUUUGUUGAAUAAUCAUUACAGUUUUGAUUGUAAUACUUAUUUUUUAAUAUAACUUAACAUUUCUGAGAAAUUUAUGUUGACAAGUGCAUCAAAUAUUUCCCCAUUAAUGGCAUUUAUUCAAGAAAUCCAGGUAAAUCGUUAGUGUUAUUCUUAAUCUAUGUUCUCAGCAUUUAUGUCUGAACUGAAAGAACAGGUUAAUUUAUUUUCUUAUAAUUAUAAUUUUUAAGAGAAAGGUAGCUAAUGAUUGUUUUCAAAACUUGACAAUAGACAAUAAAUAUAUUUUGCUUAUAGCGAGUCCUGCAUCCUCUUCAAAACCCCCUUCCCCACGCAAAAAAUGGGUUGUCACUCAGCGAGCUUUAUGCGUGACGUCUGAAAAUAGGUUGAUUUUUUCUUUAGGGGAGGGAACUAUUAUUCGUUGUUGUUAUUGUUCACGUUCGCUGCAUGCGUAACAUCUGAACUUGGAUGAAUAGGAUGAUUUCUUUUCUUUAGAAAGGAAUUUUUUUUUUUACUGUAUUUUCACAUCUUUGUUCUGGGACUGCAUACCACACAGAACUGGGUCAUGUGCCAUCCUUUCACUUUGGGCAUGUGUGUGCCUUUGAGUCUUUUUCAUAGCCUGGUACAGGAAGGUAUUGCUAUUUUUGUUAUGCUGUGACUGUUGUUUCAUAAGUCUUUGUUAUAAAAUGAACAACAGGUUUUUGUAUAACGUUAUCUCUAUUCUGGGAUUCGGCAACAGCCUGUUCUUAUCAGUAGGUUAUUUCUUGACACAAACGGUUGACGAAGGUAAUGCACUCUCACUACCAUAUAGGACGGUAGAUUUAGUUGCACAUCAUAUAAAAUAAAAGGUUAAUUAUUUUUUGUAACACUUGGACCCAAAGGGUAUUUUCUCAAAAUACCUGGACCCAUUGGGGGCGUAAUUAUUAUACAAUGUAACUUAUCUUUUAAUCUGUUCAAGCUUUGUCACAGUUAUUUUUCUUCCCAUUACUUAACCUAAAGUAUAUUAUUUAUUCUGUUUAAAUUAAUACUAAUAGGGAUAUAAAUAUCUCCAAUAUAGUUGUUAAAUAUCUCCUAUACAGCUUUUGUGAUGACAAAGAAAAGAGAUAUAUUUGAAACCUGUGAAUAGCAAACCUUGAAAUAGGGCUUUUCCUGAGUUCCUGGAAAAUGCACUAAUUCACAACAGGCACAGAUAAUUUUUUUUUACAAAACCCCAGGAAAUCGUGCAAAUUCUGUCAAAUGUAAAAUGCUGAAGGGUUUCUUAGGAACAAAACUAUGUAUUUUUACUUGGAAAAAGCAAAUGUCAUGCAGUGCUGGUGCCGAAUUCGUCAUGCACAAAGUAUGAGGUACCUGGUAUAUAUUUUGCUUUGCUAAUCAAUCUGCUACUGAGCUGUGUGUUUGUAAAAUCAGGAUUAAACAAAGUGUUGUCAGUAGAUUUUCUAUGAGACUAAGGGUUGUGAAUGAUCUGUGGGAAUGGUUUGUGUAAAUUUUGCCAAUGCAUAGUAAAAGAAAAACUAUCAAACUGGUGAUAGUACAAAUGUAAAUAUAUUUUAUGUCUGAAUUUUUAUAUCAUAACAGUAAAAUACUAUACUGGUAAAUGUUGAUAUAAUUGAACAGCAUGCAGAAUGUUUAAACACUAUAGAAUCUUGCUUAAUUUGGUAAUUGUUCAGUGGUUAUUUUACAUUCACUUUUUGUUUGUUUUAUCAUAUAUUCUUAUUUUCAAUGUGUAUGCUAUUGUGCAUGAUCAUCUUUCUGGCUGCACCUGCAAAUAGCACCUCUUUUGUUUCAGUCCCAUGGGUUAGUAUUAUUCAAAGCUUUCACUGUACCUCACUGCCGGGGAUCCUUUUAAUAAUUGUGUUAAAAAUUAAGUAACUCUUCUUAACCACCAAGUUGAGAAUCAUUUCUUUAAGCGUUUUUUUUUAAAAAAUAUAUGGUGAGUUAUUGAAUUAUUUUUUCUUCUCUUUUUUAAUCGGUUUUUAGGGCAUUUGUAAAUGGCAAAUUAGAUCUAACAGAAGUUGAAGGACUUGGCGACUUGAUUCAUGCAGAAACGGAAGUGCAAAGAAGGCAAGCUCUUAGGCAGAUGGGAGGAGAGCUUGGUCAAAUUUAUUCCCAGUGGAGGACUCGACUCAUCAAGGUUUAAUUAUUGUGGAUUAACGUAGCUUUGUACCUAGGAAUUUAUAAUUUUGAUAAGAUAAAAUUAUUAUUAAUACCUAGUGAUUUUUUUUAAUUGUAACUUUAAAAUUGUUUUCGUCAGUGUCUGGCUAAUACUGAAGCGUUCAUUGAUUUCCAUGAAGAAGAAAACAUAGAAGAUGACAUAUUGGAUUCAGGUUAAUAUACGAUACUAUAAAGGGAAAUAAUUGUUGUUUUUUAAAAUUUGAUACUACCAUAUAUAUUAUUUCAGCGCAACAGUUAAAGGCUAUCAUCAAAAUUAUUGGCUAUCACAAAAAUUAAAGGCUAUUGUUACCUAUGCUAUAAUAGAUAAUGACAACAAAUUAUUAGUUUAUUCUUAUGUUAUAUAUAUUAAUAACAUUACAUGUAUUCUUAUGUUCACUUCUUAAUUAAACAUGAAAGAUUAAUGACUAAAUAGCUUAUUCAUGUAUUCUUAUAGUAACUAUUGAAACAUGAAAGAUUGACUACAUAACAUAUUUAUGUAUUCUUAUAGUAAUUGCUGAAAUAUCAAAGAUAAAAAAUGAAGUUUCUGCACACUUGCAAGAUUGUCGACAUGGCGAAAGACGCAGAGAUGGUUUACAUGUAGUUAUCAUAGGAGAGCCUAAUGUUGGGAAAAGCAGUUUAUUAAAUGCUAUAUGUUAGUAAUCCCAAUAUUUUAAUUGAAAUUUUGGUUCAUAACUUUUUUAAUUAAGAUAAAAGCUGACUUCAGAUAAUUGAAAGCAAAGAUUGAAAAUAAAUAUUUGAGUCAUCUUAAAAAAGUUAAAUUCUAUAUUUAACUAGGUAAAUUUUCCACACAAAAAAAUGUCAUCAAUAGGAGUCUGGGAAAAACCUUUUAAAGUAUGCCAGUUGUAAAAAAAAAAAGAUCAAGUAGGUUGCUCGUUUCGUUGGUUUACAUCAUGAUUUAAUUUAUUCUAAAUUUUGCGUUUACCAGGCACAUUAAUAAUUUUAUAUAUAUAUAUACCUAUAAUUUAUAUAUUUUUAGACAAAUAUGUCUAAUUUUUUUAUGGAGCAUCAUUGCAGCAUGCAUAAGUUAACCAGAAGCAAAAAUGCAGCUGAAAAAAUUCUGACAAAUUGAAACAAUUUAACCUAUUCUAGGUCAAAGACCAGCAGCCAUUGUUUCAACCAUAGCAGGUACAACAAGAGAUGUGGUUGAGACUGCGUUAAAUAUUGCUGGCUACCCUGUUCUGCUGAGUGACACAGCUGGAUUACAAAAUACUUCUGAUGUGGUGGAAAAAGAAGGUAUUUUAAGAGCUAUGGCUAGGUAAGUGUUACCGUAGCUAUUAAAACUUUUAUGGCUAAAUUAUGCAGUAAAUUUAAAAAAAAAUGUUUUUAGUGUCCAUUAAAAAUACAUUUAAAAAAUAUUACAAGUAAAAAUAUAGUUAAUACAAAAAAGCCAGAAUAUGCAGAAUUAAAUUCUGAUCAUCUGGGGUUUAAAUCACAGCAACUCUAUGUUCCGCCACCAGAGAAAUAAACAGGCUCAUUUUUUAUUUAAUAGAAAGUCAAAAGUUAUAAAAAUUUACAUAAUCGCUUCACACCUUUUUAUCAGGUGUUGCAUUUUAAAAUCUUUUUAGUAUCUGAAAUUAGGCAUGCAUGUAUGAUUUUUGGUAAAGGUAGGUCAUUUGUGUCACUAUAUGUUACAUUAAUUAUAUUUCUUUCUAUAUUUCAGAGCAACAGCGGCUGAUCUCAAAAUAAUUGUUUUGGAUAUCUCAAAACAUGCAAACAUAUUGCUAACUUCUCCAUCCUUUGAAAACUUCAUAGCUUCAUACAUGGGAUGCUUAGGCGUAUUGCAAGAUCAAAUUGAUGACAGUAACAUCUCCAAAUCUGCUCCGGGUUUCUUUAGUCAAUUAAAAAGUGAAAAUCAAAAAACUAUUUUUAAGACAGCUGGAGAAACUGACACAUACAUUACCUUUUUCAAAAGUUUUGAAGAACAGUCAUCCAUUUCUAAAAAAUUAAGAACUUUUGAUCUGUCAAAUAUACUUAUUGUCGUAAAUAAGAGUGAUAUGGUGGCGGAUAAUAAAAUUUUGGAUUUCAUACAAGCUCACAGUGAUGUGAUGUGCAGAAUUUCAUGUAAAAGUGGAGACGGUUUUGAUAGCUUUAUGAAGAAGUUGGUGGAAAGGAUACAAAACUUGUAAGUAUAAAAUAUUUUGUAUAAAGAUCCCAUUUACUGUUUCAUAGGUUUUGUUAAUUUUAUUAUAGAUUUAUUACAUGAAUACACUUCCUAAUUACAUUACAGAUUGUAGGAGUUAAUGGAGGAUUACUUCAAUACAUUAUUAAUAUGUAAGAAAAUUACAGAGCAUGAAAAGUUUUGAAAUUAUUGUCUAUUACUAUUAAAAUAAUUACAAAAGUUGUUUUUUUUAUUUAAAAAGAUGUGGAAAUCCAACUGUAGGAAGUCCUAGCUUGACACAAGCUCGCCACCGUCACCAUCUCAAUAAAUGCCAGCAAUAUUUAACUGAAUUUCCCCCCUACUUGCAAAACGAUGUAGUUAUGGCAGCUGAGAAGUUGCGGUUGGCAGUUCGUGAGCUUGCAAAUAUCACAGGUGCUGUAUCAACAGAGGAUGUACUGGAUGUCAUAUUUAGAGACUUCUGCAUUGGAAAGUGAUAAUUUCAAUGAAUAAUUUUUCAUUAAAGUAUUUUGUAUGAAUUUU